AUGCAGCGGCCUGCGGACUACAUGGAUCCCGUCCGCAUAUAUCCCACAGGCAAUCCAUUCCCUCAGGCUAUUCACAAGCGUGCAGGGACUGGUUAUGUCCAAGCUGCCUACUUCACGAACUGGGGCAUCUACGGAGCUAACUUCCAGCCAACCAACAUCACGCCGUCUGAUCUCACUCACAUUCUCUAUGCUUUCGCGGAUGUGUCUCCAGACACAGGUAUCAUCGCACUCACUGAUACGUAUGCGGACGAACAGAAACACUUCCCUGGAGACUCAUGGAGCCAGCCCGGAAACAAUCUGUUCGGCUGUCUGAAACAGAUGUAUCUGCUAAAAUUGGCAAACAGGAACCUGAAAGUUCUGCUGUCAAUUGGUGGCUACACCUAUUCGCAAGACGGACACUUCGCAUUUGUCACUAACUCGAGUCUGCGUUCCGCAUUUACUACCAGCGCCGUCAGCUUCGUCGAAAACUUCGGUUUGGAUGGAGUUGAUCUCGAUUUCGAGUAUCCGAAUACCCCGGCCCUCGCGCAGGGCUUCGCAGACCUCUUGACCGAGCUGAGGACCGCGUUCGAUCAGCUCGCGACUUCUAAGGGAGACACUGUCCCUUAUCAAAUCACUGCCGCUAUGCCUGCUGGUUGGCAGAAUUACGAGUAUCUCCCAGUUCCACAGAUGGAUACUGCGUUGACCUAUUGGAACUUGAUGGCGUAUGACUAUGCCGGCUCCUGGUUGAAUUGGACCGAUAACCAAGCCAACUUGUACGAUGGUAUUCGCACAAACGUUUCGACUUACAGGGCGUUGUCGUGGUAUGUCGAGAACGGUGCUACACCGAGCAAGAUGACUAUGGGUGUACCGCUAUACGGGCGAGCUUUUGAGGAUACAACCGGGAUUGGAGCUCCCUACAGUGGUAUUGGUCCAGGUACUAUACAAGCAGGGAUUUACUCUUACAGCGACCUUCCCCUCUCGGGAGCUUCUGUGUUCGAAAAUUACACUGACGUGACAAGCUACUCCUAUGAUUCGAGUAAGGCCGAGUUGGUAUCUUAUGAUACCCCCAGCAUCGCCACUGUCAAAGCCCAGUACGUCAUUAACAAUGGAUUUGCUGGGUCCAUGUUCUGGGAUUUGUCGACCGACAAGGUUGGAAGCGAGUCGCUCGUUUACACAACUUCUCAAGUAUACGGAACGCUCGAUCAAACGCUGAACCACAUCGAUUACCCUGACAGCGAGUGGAAUAACAUCGCGAACAACAUGGGCUCGAGCUCAGUAUCCUCUGCCCCGACUUCUAGCGCGACGACUGGCACUCCCACGUCCACAACGGCUUCUCCCACCAUCACUUCUAAUUCCCAGUGCAACGGCAUCAGCGCCUGGGCGGCUGCUGCAACCUACACGGGUGGAAUGGAAGCGACAUACAAUGGCGAUCUCUGGACUGCGAAGUGGUGGACUUCAGGAGAUACCCCAGGCGGAUCAGCUGGCGUAUGGACUGACGAUGGAUCAUGUUAA